UUACGCACAACUGCACAGUGCACAACCAAACCAAUCUUUAUCAGGGUAUUAUCAUUAUUAAUAGUCCUAUAUUAUAAAAAGCAGCCCGGGAAAUCGGUAAUGGUGAAGUUAAAUAGCUCCACCAGCGUUCAGUAGCUGGGCUAGCUAGCAUCAAGUCCAUAUUCUCACACGCACUAAUAAAACCACAACUAAAGGAAAUUCUGAAAGGAAAAGGAAUGGCUGAAAAAGAAGAGUGUACAGAGAUGAAGAAGAAGAUGAGCCCAAGAGUGGAGAUUGACACCUCCCCGCCAUUCGAGUCUGUCAAGGAAGCCGUGGACCGUUUUGGCGGGAGUGGCCCUUGGUUUCCCCAUCACCUCCUCCGAAUGCCUCUUCCUGAGGAAAAUACGGGCCCGUUAGAACUAAACAAAAUGGAAGAGGGAACGAAUGAUUUCGAACGGGGUUUGAUCAUGAAGGAGCAAGAAGCUCUUAAUGUGUUGAAAGAAGUUGAAGCAGCAAAACGAUAUGUAGAAGGACUAAAGUUAAAUUUGAUGGAAGAUGAAGUUUCUGCUUCUUCUUCUUCUUCUAUGUCAUCAAGCCCCGUAUUUAGCCCAUCAGAAAGAUUGGCUUCUUUUACACCCAUUCCUUCCCCAGGCAAUGUUCUGAUGGAGUUGAACCAAGCAAAGGAGGACCUCAAUAAGAUGUCAAUGGACCUUUCUGUCAUCCGCACUUCUGUUCAGUCUCUCAACAAGGAAGUUAAGAACGAAAGAAGGCUUCUUAGUGAGAACGGCGGGAGGGAAUGUCUCGAAAAGGGUGUUGAGGAAAGUAUGGAUGACAUUGAUGAUGAAGAGGACUGGCGGGUGAACUUUGAGUCUGAACAGUGUAAGAAAAUGGCAGAUGCAUCAAGCUAUCAGGUCAUGAAGGCAACACUAGAUAUCGCACGAAUGAAGGAAAGCAUGAAGAUGGCUGAACUGAGGUUGACUGCAGCCAAGAAGAUAGAGGAAGCUGCCAGAGCCUUGGAAGCCAUUGCCAUUGCUGAAAGGAAGGCGUUAUUGAAUGCCAAACGCUUUUUUCAGGUACCCUCUGCUAAGGAGAUGACUCUCCUGGAUGAGAAACAAUACCCCCUAACACCAAAAAUUGAAGAACAGUGCAAGACCAAAUUUGUCGACUCAAAUGCAGAAGUUAUCAUCUCCGGGAAGAAGCAAUUAGAAUCCAUUCAAAACCACAAGAACCACCCAAAAGAAGCUCUGGGUCACUUAGCAAGGAUGAAGGAUUCAAAGCCUGCUAUGAUCCUGGAGGAAAAAGAACCAUACACGCCAAAAGACAAACAGGUUCCGGGUUUCAAGUCUUCAGUCUCAAUUGGGGACGUGUUGAGCAGAAAGGUGGACGAAGAAGGUGAUGAAACAGAGAAACAUUAUGUGCCAUUUAGCCAGAUGCUUCGAGAGCAGAGCGGGAUCUCAUUGGGUCCAGGAAAGACUGGGAAAGAUGGGGGCUUGCAGAAGCAAUAUGUUUCGCAGAGGAAGAAGUUUGGGUUCAUACAAGUUCCUCUUGCCAAUAAACAGAACAAGAAAAGGGGUCAAUGAAUGAACCUUGAUGCCUAAUCUGUCGACUGUCGUCACGCAGAGUUUUUCUUUCGUUUUUAGUAUACGAGGACGAGGACAGGAAAUGUUCAAUUCCAACUUCCAAGUUUGAUGGACCAGGAUGUUUUUACUUGUACUUAGAAAUUUGGUGGUCUCGUUUUUUAAAUAUGAUCUAGUGGACAACGGUUCAAGUAAAAACAUCAUCAUCUCUCCGGACUUCCCAAUAAUUCUUGUUUAAUGCAAGAGUUAUGUUCUCUUAUGGAAGGGUCAUGACAAUAUAUACUCCAUUGAAACUACAUUUGACAUAAUAGAAUGAACAUAUCUAAUACUACGUAAUUUAAGUUUAUUGAGACAAUAGAUGAAUGAAACGCCAAUUACCUAUGCCGGAG